AUGAGUUCUGGUGAUCGUGAUAUAGUGGACAGGCUUUUCAGCGUUGGUUAUAACGUUAUAUCUCGAGGAAAUGAGGCAGUAUCGGAUGUUGCUGGGAAGGUGGUUGACAAGGUGCGACAAGUACAGGGGAAGGAUGUGAAAAAGUUGGAGAGCUUACAGUUGGACUCCAAGUCGCCAGGUGUGUGGGAAUCGCUUGGUGGAGUUGUAUCGUGGACCUAUGGACAGAGACAGAGGGCUUUGGUCGGGGCAAGCAUCACUGCAGGUGCUAUAGUACUCUUUUGGCAGUGUAAACAGCUUUUGAAGGUUCCAGAACGGUUGCCAUCAUCUCAGUCGAGGUGUGUGCUAAUAUUUGGGGAUAUGCGGGAUCCAAUUGUGCGGACACAGGUAAUGGAUCUUUACAGAAGAGGAUUUACGGUCUUCAUAUGUUCUACCAAUGCCAAGGCAUUUCGUGAAAGGCAGGAGGAUGAUGAUUUCCUGCGACAUAUUGAUCCUGGAUCUGCCAGUGAUCUAGCCUCGUUCGUGAGGUUCCUUGCAAAGUCUGGAGAAGGAGAACCAUGUAAACUGGCAUCGAUUCUGUUCAUGCCAAACUUGGCAUAUUAUCCUCCUGGUGAUAUGUCCACUAGUCAGUUGGCUUCUGAGAUCAGGUCCAAUGUGCUGGUUUACUAUAGUACUUUAGUCGAGAUACUACCCCACUUGGAGAGUUCCACCGUGCAAUUAAUCCUAUUUAACCCUUCACUUUCAUUGAAUUUGGCGGUUCCUCACCAUCCAGCAGAACUUUUUAUCUCUGGUUUGAUGAGCUCUAUCAACCAGACUAUGAAAAGAUAUCAUAGACUAAAAGUAUCUAUGGUUCACGUUGGAGCGUUAAAAUUGGGCGCUCAGCCUUCGAAUUACAAGUAUUUAAACUUGAGAGGUUCGAACAUUAACGACUCGCUGUUGAAACCCGUUUACAAUUUGAUUAUGAGCUAUAACGGGAACCGGAUGCAGCGGUUGUGGCUAUGGAUUACUACAGGUGGCUCACUGCAGCGCAAUCUGUACUGUGGUCGCUUUAGCUACUUGUCAAAAAUACCGAUCCUGACCUCGAUCAUCAAAAAUGACUUUUGGACCUCAUUUAAAGGUUUACUAAAGUAUAAAGAUCUCUCUAAAUAG